AUGGCCGUCUCACAAGUGAAGAUCACACAUAAAUGGCUGUAUCAACUCUCUCUGUGGGCGGUGCGAACUCCGCUAUUAGCAAUACUGGUCCCUUUCGUCGUGACCUUCAUUGUUGCAUAUCCUACGCUAACGAAGGUGCCGCAGUAUAAAUCUUUUACAGACCACCAUUUGAGUAGAAUUGAACUCGCGACGGAUGUCACUGGUAUCUCGCCGAACUACUCGAUGGCUCAAGUAUGGAUAUCUCGGGGAAAUGAAGGCAACAUCCUAAGAAAAGGCGCAUUAAUGGAGACCCUCGCACUGCAAAAUAAACUUCUCGGGGACGUUUUCGAUACGGGUAAGGUAGAGUGUGUGGAAUCGCCUUUUCAGUUAUGGAACAACUCUCUCGAACUCCUGAGCAGAGAUCCGUACCCGCUCAGAACUUUAAACUCUAGGAUUGAUGAGAUACCACAUAACUCGUUAAGAAGUGCCUUGAAAGUCAACGGAUACUUCACAUCUGCACAGACAGCUGUCGUGAACAUUCUAACUCCAAUCAACAAUCGAAUAAUCCUCAGAAACUUGCUUAACGAGAAUGUUGCAAAGCUGAGCAAACUUUCCAACUCAACCGGAUACCACUUUUUGCGCCCUGCAGCGGAUAAUGCUAACGAUAAAUUUGAAAACUUACUGAAAGUGGAUGUACAAUCAGCGAAAGGUCAAGAUUUCUUCUGGGGAAUAGUAAUUUUUUCGUUCUGUGCGGUGCAGUUUUGGAAGCAUUACAACAGGGUGUCCAUGGUGAACUCCCGGUCAGGAGUGUGCGCGGCUCUUGCCGCACAAAUAGUACUUUGUGUUGCGGCCUCGAAUACCCUGACGAUUUUCUUUUUCGGCCCUGGGGAGAGUACAAUACCUUUCUCUUUGAUGUGGUUCCCGAUAUCGAUAGUUUCAUCGAGCGGUCUCCUCGAAAGGCUAUCAAAUACAGCUGGAAGCGCUGUGACUGACGAUCUACUUUUGACAGGUGCUGGUGCUGAUUCUGACUCUGAUAAUGUAUCAGCUUCAAGCUACAUCGAUGCUUCCGUUCAGUCCAGCUUAUCACUCUGCAGAAACGUAAUACUUUCCCUAUUGUCAAGCAUAUUUUUAUUUCCUUUCAACAAGCGCACGAGCUUUUUCUUGACAUUUGCAUUUCUCAGCUGCUUGGUCCUACAAGCUAUUACGUUUACAGCAAUAUUGAGCUCAGACUACAACCGUCAGGAAAAACCCAAACGGCUUUAUGAAAAUGCCAGUGCUAAAGUAGAUGAUGCAUCACUGGAUGACGACCGCAUUCCAAUUAGCGAUUCCAGCUUAAAGACUUAUCUUUGCGCCGUUCUGAGAGGUAACAGCACAAUAUAUUCACACUCUGUCGUUGUUGUCAUGUUAUCCCAAUAUCUUACCAAUCUAAGGUACUUUUUGGUCAGAUCAUCAUCGUCUCUGAUAGGCCAUUUAUUGCAUGGACGACUUCGGAAUUUGACUUCUCUUAAGUCGGCCAGCUCGCUAUCAUUACUAGAAGGUGACUCCAUCAUUCAACUAAUAUCAGCACAUCAUAGAACUGGAACAUAUUACAUUUCAUGGUCGGCGGAUGACAGAGUUCUAGCUCUCAAAAAUACUCUACCUGCUUUUGAAAGCAACGGGCAAGGUCUGCUCGGCGCUUUUCAGAUGCCUCUCGUUUCAUCUUACAAGUUUGACCUAUAUUUCUUUUUUGAGAUCACCGUGAUAGUAGGACUCGUUUCAUCGGUCGCGCUACUGGUCGUUCAAACGCUUUUUGACAAGUUGCAGGCAUGGCCUAAACUUAAAGAACGCAAUCGCAAGAAGACAGAAGCCGAUUGCAUCACUGAAAGUUCUUCGCGCCUGAACCGCUAUAACAACCCUUCUUUUCAUGCGAAAGAGCUGUCCCGCGGUGGGCACACUCUGGAUAUUGUGUGCAUUUAUACGUCCGAGUCCCCCUUCAUCGUUUCGGUCGGACUUGACCGCAGACUUCUGGUAUGGUCCCCUUUAUCAAAUCCAGCACCACUUCCCACAGAAAUUCCUCUGAACCGGCAGCUGUGGCCCGUGGUAAGGGUCGUCACAAGUUCCAAUGGCAAUUUCACUGCAGUAUUCGGCAAAUCGGGUCGGAUAUCGUGCUGGUCAAGGAAAAGCUUUAGCUACAUCUGGUCAAUAAAACUUGAUCUGGCCAACAUGCAUAUUCUCGAGUCCUUCUUUCGUGCAAAAACAAUUCCAGCUUUCAUGAGAAGGCAGGCCAGUUCUAAUCUCAAGCAUGAGGCAAAGCAGGAUGUGGAUCCUAGUGCAUUAAAAAGACGAGGAAGCACCGUCUCGAUAUCUUCUGCGAAAUCGACAACCUCUGCCACUCCUGCCUUCGUCUCCAAGUAUGAAGACACAGCAUCACUUCCAAAAACUGGCGAGUGUGAAUCCAUCGAACUGGUCAUAGUAACUACCGAUGGCAAUGUUCAAGCAGUUGAUUUCGAGGGAAAUAUUAGGUGCAACAAGGUCACAAAUUCUACUUUUCCGCUCGUUUCCUGCAAAAGAUUAAUAACGCCAAGAGUCAACGAUCGGCUCAUCAUUUGCGAUACCCAAGGUGACAUUUACAUAUCGACUGUGGUGAACAAUAGAUGGAAACCAAGGAAACUUGUCUUAGUGCGAAACUCUUUCAACAGAGGUCAGAAGUUAAUGACACCUGCUACUUUGAUGAAUCAUGCUAAUCAAGAACAAGAACAAAAGAUGGCAGAAUCAAGCUCGUCCACAAAUGAUACAUUAUCAACGCUUCUGAUACCGUUUGUUGGCAUGCUUCUGCUCGUCAAAACGAAUGAGGCUGAUUUGGUGGAUGCUCAAACGGGGACUGUAAUUAAGACAUUUGAACUCGUGAACUACAUGCCAGGAUCGUUACGCAUAUUUCACGACCAACCUACACACUGUAAGUUUUGUGGUAGCGCAUCGGUGUCAACUUUGUCGAUUGCUUACACUGAGCGAUACACCUCAACAUUGGUCCUGAGCACAUUUAGACUUGAGAGCCGAACUAAGACAAGCAUCUGUCUACGUGUGGAGAGAGAUCCCAGAGAAAUUCGAUGUCUAGGUCUCGAGUCAGUGGUCGAGAAGAAGUAUUGGCUUGCAGAUGUUGACAAAUGGGAUUCUACCGAUAACAACGUUAUAAUUGGACUCAGAAAAAGAGAAAAGAGUUUUGCGACCGCAUCGGGGUCUAAAUCAAUGAUGAGGAGUGCCUCUGAGGACACAAAAGCGGGUGAGUUGAGAUUGAGAGGAAGACUCGAAAGCCGCAGUAUGAAGCCAUCAAAAUCGGUGGAGUACAACAUCCACGAUAUAUGGGAAGGUUGGACCAUGACAGCCCAGGGGCAGGUGACAUACUACAAAAUUCCAGCCGGCGUCAAUGGUUUGUUAACGAACAGAAUUGGAUCCUUCGAAAAGUUCGGCGCAAAAGCCGUGGUCGCUGCUUUUGGCAAUGUGAUGAAGUUGUUCUACUUAGGUCAUGAAGAAUUCAUCAUGGCGCCGGACGGGAAUAGCGCAAAUGAGGAGGAAUCUGGGCUCAAAUUUGUAAAUAGAAGAAGGCAGCGGCUAAGCGAGAAAAAAGUCUCGAUCAAUUACGGGCAAUAUUGA